GUACGUUUAGAGUUAGAAUGAAGCUAGAAGCUUAAAAAUCAUCGUCUCCGGCGAUCGCCGGGAAAAGAAAUGUGGGCGAUUACGAGAGUGAUAAGCCGGCGAGUUCAUGGAACAAGUUUUAUUACUAUUCCAAAACUCUCAGGUUUCUCUAUUGUAUCUCCCAAACAAGUUGAGGUAGAGUAUGCAGAUGGAACCAAGUUCAAUUUUUCAUCAGAGUUUCUGAGAAUUCAUAGUCCAGCUGCUGAUGGAAAAGUCAGAUCAAUCGGUGGUGAAAAGGUGAUAUCUGGAAGGCGGUAUGUAGGAAUCAUGUCUGCAGAACCGGUUGGAAACUACGGGGUAAGGUACUUACAAAUACUGCAAGGUCAUUAUGAGUUAGCCAUCAUGAAGAUUCAGAUACCUAAGUUUAUUGUUUUGCUUAUAACUUAAUGCGGUUGGGGGCUAAAUCUUUUUUGAGGAUCCAGGUUAGUGUUUGAUGACUUGCAUAGAACAGGGAUAUAUCCAUGGGAUUAUUUCUACGAGCUUGGGAGCAAUAAGUUUGGUCUUAUGAGGAACUAUAUCAAGACUCUUCAAAAGCAUAAUCUCAGCCGUGAACCUCCUCCUUCAAGAAAGAGAUGAUUCUGAUGAUCAAUGUUAGUAUUUAACAUUGUUCAAAAUGUUUGAUAGAUUCUCUUUUUGCAGAGAAACCUUGAAUCUUCUUGUCUUGUUUCAGAGUUACGGUUGUUGCUUUUUGCUGUUGUUGUUGUCUUUAUUACUAUUGUUGUUGAUGUUAGUGUUGAUUGAUCUAUAAGUUGUCUUUAGAGAACAACAUAUUUGUGUUUCCGGUGUACCGCCCGUUUAUCAAGAUCUCUAUUCGACGGAUUUCCGAUUUGGGCCCAGCCUUGUUUUGUAACCGUGUAUAUCGAGAGGCCCAAUGUCCAUUUCGGUUGAUUAAUAAAAGGAAAAAUACUAGUGUAUCAUCAUCAAUAUUAGUUUGUUUUAACUCUUGUGAACCCAAAUGUGAUCAACAUACAGUUUUAUAAAUUUUUGAUUGUACAAUUUUCAUUUCAAAAUU